AUGAUUAAAUCGGCUGAUAUUAUACCUUAUGCUCUAGGACAAAGCUCGGUAUAUAUUAACCAUAUGUUCAGUACAUAUCUCUUGCUUAUGGUUUUCGUGAUAUCUUUGAAUAGGUAUACCCUCCUCAGUAACAUCCGAUGGGAUGAAUGGAUGUUUUCUCAGGAACGCUUUUAUAUCCACAUAUUACUAACAUUAAGUAUAUCUGCUAUAGUUUCUAUCUUAACAGUUUAUAAUUUUCAAAUUCGAAGACAGUAUGUACCCUAUUUUGGAUAUUUUGACAUUGUACACGGAUCAAGAAACUAUGACAACUUUCAACGUAUACAACUGGCAUUACCUCUUUUUUCAAUUUUGUUUUAUCCUCUCAUCUACUUCAAAGUACGCACACAACGAUUAUUAGUCAGUACGUUCAAAUCGAAAACAAUGAACAACACUGAGAGGAAUAUUAUAACUCAAGCCAUUUUCUUGACCGUAGCUCACUUGUCUCUUGGUGUAUUUAUGGAAGUCAUCUUACAUAUCAAUAUACCUCCGAAAUUAACAGUGCAAUACAUAAGAACACAAGCAAAGACAGGAAAAGAACGAAUCAGAAAAAACUUCACAACAUUCCCAUUCCAACAUCAGUGA